UUCCUUUACUUUGUAGUUAUUCUCCUCUCUUUCUAUCUUUAUCACAAUUUUCCUCUCUCUUGGCCCUUUCUAGCCUUAUUCAUCAUCAUAAAAGUGAGCUACGUACUGAUUUUAGUUUUAAAUAUAGGCAGAGUGAGGAAUUUUUGCACUUAGUACUCUCGACUACGUAGAUUACCUAGUACUAGCUAGUGCAUGAUGUCAGAAGACAUGAAUUUAUCUGUAAAUGGUCAGUCCAAGGUGCCACCAGGAUUCCGUUUUCAUCCUACUGAGGAGGAGCUUUUGCAGUACUAUUUGAGGAAGAAAGUAGCUCACCAGAAGAUUGAUCUUGAUGUUAUUCAUGAUGUUGAUCUUAACAAGCUCGAGCCAUGGGAUAUUCAAGAAAAGUGUAAAAUAGGAUCUACGCCGCAGAAUGAUUGGUAUUUCUUCAGCCACAAGGACAAAAAAUACCCAACGGGGACUCGAACAAAUCGUGCAACUGCUGCCGGAUUCUGGAAGGCUACUGGUCGUGAUAAAGUUAUACACAGUAGUUUCCAAAGAAUUGGAAUGAGAAAGACACUGGUAUUCUAUAAAGGACGAGCUCCACAUGGACAGAAAUCAGAUUGGAUUAUGCAUGAGUAUCGGCUCGAGGACGACACUCAUGACCCAAACGCAUGUAAUCUAGUAAUGGAUGCGUCACCUGAAGAUGGUUGGGUGGUUUGCCGAGUUUUCAAAAAGAAACAUUACCACAAAGCUUUAGAGAGUAAUUCAUGCACUUCAAUCUACUCAAGAAGUAGCGGUCCAGUGCAGAAUUCGAAUAAUGAUGGCAUUCUUGAUCAGAUAAUUAUGCACAUGCGACAAUCGUGCAAGAAAGAGCACGAAUUGAUGAUAAAUAACAGCAGCAUCAACUACAACGAUGAAGAAGACGAUGAGAUGCAAUUCGUCAAUCAUAUCAAAACAUCAAUCAACGACGGAUUUCAUUCUGGUUUUCUACAUCUGCACAGAUUGGAUAAUCCAACAAUUCCAUCACUUCCCAGAAUUGAAUCACCCUUCAGCUCUGAUCAAGAUUGCAGCAGUUUCAAGGCAGCUUGUGAACAAGAUAUGGGCUAUAUGCUAACAGAUAUGCAAACUUCUUGCACCAACCAAAAUGACAAUUCUGUUGAUGAUCUAAAAACUGGGCCGACCGACUGGGCGGAGCUUGACCGCCUGGUGGCGUCUCAGCUCAAUGGCCAGACCGAGACAUCAAAGCAACUCUCGUGUUAUGGUGAUCCAAACGACAACUUCUGCUUUUCUCUCGCGGAUCACGAGGUAGAAUUAACAAAACCAAAUCAAGUUUCCGGCGCAGACCCAAAUUUUUGGACCUUUGCUCGAUCACCCUCGUCAUCAUCGUCUAAUCCGUUAUGCCACUUGUCAGGGUAGUAUUGAUCCAUCGAUUGUGUUAUAUAUAUUUUAUGUAAUAUACGUAGCUCCUAAAGUCAAAUAAUAUGGAAUAGCUGCAUACAUCCAUGUUAUUCUAUAGCUUAAUGGAAUAUAUUUUAUGUGCGCUUUAA